AUGGGUCUCAUCACUUAUGACAUGGAGAUCUCCGCCACGAUUCCGCCUGCCAAGAUGUUCCAUGCGUUUGUUGUCGACGGAGACAAGAUAUAUCCGAAGAUCCUCCCUCAAGUCUUCCAAAGCGUGGAGAUCGUCGAAGGCGACGGAGGGCCCGGAACCAUCAAGAACAUUACCUUUGGAGAAGCUAGUCAAUUCAAGUAUGCAAAACACAGGGUCGAUGCUCUGGACAAGGAGAAGUUAACAUACAGCUACAGCUGGAUCGAGGGCGACGCCCUGAUGAACAUAUUCGAGAAAAUCUCGCAUGACGUCAAGAUCGAGGCCGGCCCCAACGGAGGGUCGAUAUGCAAGAACACCAGCAGGUACUACGCCAUCGGCGACAUCCAGUUCACCGAGGAGCAAAUCAAGGAUGGCAAGGAAAAGGUCUUGGGCGUGUUCAAGGCUCUCGAGGGUUAUCUCUUGGCCAACCCUAAUGCUUGCUAA